UGGCUAUCACGGUUCAUUAGAUACAUCCUAGAGAGAGACAGACAGACUUUUUGGGUAAGGAGACCCAAAAAAAUCGUCCCAAAGCAUAGACAAGAAUUAAAAUUACUAAAAACUUCAAGAAGAUAGACAAACAGUCAAAGUCAACCAAAACCAAAAAUAAAAACUAUUAUUGUCAAAGAAUGUCAAAAUUCCGGUACAACGGUUUAUUUUCCAAAAUUAUCAAUUGAAAUUCUAAUUUAUGUUUAAACAAAAUUCUUGUGUUAGUUAAAAUGAGAGUGUAACUGUGACUGAUGUUAUAACUAAAAUUUGUAGUGAUUUGUUAUAUUUUAUGUAAAUUUCAGUAAACCAAAAUGCCGCUAACUUUACCUGACCAUAUGAAUGGUCCUAUCGAGGCUCAUCAGAACUGGCUUCGCAUACUGGAACAAGCACAGAAUACCGUGGAAGAAGAUUUAGAUUUGCAGCGUGCUACAGCAAAAGGCAUGAAACUGAGAGAACGAGCUCUUCCACCAGAGUUGCUCGGCAGGAACUACGCUAGAUACUGUGACCUUAUCAACAAGAUGUAUGAUGCGUAUCUCAGUAGCGUGCAUCUUCAGAGGGCGCCUUAUAUACUGGACCUUAUCACUGUUCUGAUGAAAAGGUUAUACGAACUCCGCCACGAACUGAUACAUCUUAUAGUGAACGAUUAUAUUUAUGUUGAUGCUGCGCUUACUCAGCUCAGGGUGACUCCAAUGGACAUUGAGAUAGUCGUACCAUACCACUUUCCUCUGGAAACUCGAGAAGACAACGUGGAACAAGUAAUACAGAAGAUGUGGGCGGACGCUGUAAGGAGGAAGAAGAUACGGGAGAGACCGAAACCGCCCCCGCCGCCUCCGAAACCCUCAGCAUCACCUUGGGACACUGACUCCAUAGAACGCGUUCCGGAGGUUGUGGAACCGCCGCCAGCGCCAGUGGUGGAAGAAGUCGAGGAUAUAGUCUCGGAACCCCCCAGCGUACACACUUACGUACCGGAGGAGUUCAUACAAGCAGUUCUUAUACAGAGACAUGAACGAUAUAGACAGUGGUUUAUGCUGGAUUUCAAAGAGAAGGCUCGUCAGUGGAAAACCUUUUAUGGUACUAAAAACGAUGAGACUCCCGUCGAACUGAAGCAUAGGGCGGCUCGAAUUAUACAACGGACUUACAGGGAAUUAAUGAAGCUUAAAAGAGAGAAGGUAAGAGAAAUAAAGAGAGAUGUUCUGCUGGGCAUCAUACCAGACCCAUUCAGGACUAGCACCAGCUAUAGAGAGGCAACUAAUAAGGUAUACGAUAGACGUCGCAACACAAGAUUCAAGAUUAAACAGACGUAUCUGAAGGAGUUAGAGAGAGAGAACACCAGGCUCAUAGUGUUUAAAAAGGGAGAGCAGAUUGAUGACAUCACUGAUGAGAUAAGAGAGUGGUUUAAGGAAUGGUACUAUGGAUAUGGCUUCUUCCCCGAGUACCCGUAUGACAUAGAAGGUGGAACUAUAAUGGUGGUCAGAGGAGACUACCCGACAGUCGAAGAGAAGAUAGCUGAUGAUGAGAGGAUGGAAACUAUGAUGAAAGGGAAGACAAGAGAACAGCUGAAACAGGAACAGGCAGCAGCUAAAGCAGACGCGAAGAAUAAAGCGGCGGCUUUGAAAGAAGCCAAACAGAAGGAGGAAGCUACUCUCAUGAAGGCCAGAUGCAAUCCCUUCUCGGAUCCAGGGUACGCAAUACUGGAGUCAGAAACUCUUAAACAAGUGGUCGAGGCUUUCAAUUUAUACCGUGUAUCGUGGUCGCUGUAUGAUGAGCUUCCAUCGGAGGAGUUUGGUGAGACAGUGUAUGGAUACAUGAAGCCGCUGCUCAUUGAAGAGAUAAUGAGCACCAUGCAUAAGGAGUGUAGAGUAUUCGUUGAUGAAUUGAUGAGGCUAGAUUUAAAGAUGUUGAUACAAAAGCAUCAGCUGACGUACAAGAGGAUUGGUAUGAAGUAUCCUAAACUGAAACCACGGAAGAAACCGAAGAUUCAUCCGCUGCCAAAGCCUGUGGUCAUGGAUGACAAGCUGAUGAAGGGCUUAGAGGAUAUAUUUGACAUCGGUAUUGUAACGAAACCAACUGUGAAGAUAUCAGAUGUCUACGGUGACCUGAAUUACGCGGCCUAUGAGAAGAAUAUUCAGGAUCCAAAUGCAACCUUCCCCCUAGCGAGUUAUGGUGACGUGAAGACACGACUGGUUCUGUCCUGUGUCCUCGGCUGCGGCAUACAGCCAGGGGCAGUCAAACACAGAUCUGUCAUGCUGCUCGGCCCAGAUAGAAAUGGGAAGUCGUUCUUAGCUGAUACCGUCGCUGGAGAACUUAAUGCAGUCAAGAUUGACAUAACUCCAGAGAGGUUUACUGCGGUGAUUGAUAAGCCACUGAGGGCACUGACUCACGUAUUCCUGGCUGCCAAGGCAUUCCAACCUACUGUGGUCUUCAUGAAGAAUGUUGAGAGAGUAUUCUCAAAGAAGGUGCUCCCAGAAGAGAAAUACCUUCAAGCGAAAGUAAUUAAGGCUGCUCUCAUAAAACUGGUCAAGCAAAUAGCUCCUGAAGACAAAAUAAUAUUUAUAGCGACAUGCACUCACCCAUAUACGGCUCAGGCAAAACCAAUGGUACGCAUGUUUGACGAAAUACUUCUAGUCCCGCGGACUGACUAUGGGAGCCUGCAUUUGUUCUUUGCGGAGAAAUUUAACAGUUUAAGAAGUAUGCCACUGGACUACCCAACUCAGCCCAUCGCGCAACUGACCCAAGGAUAUGGAUUUGGGGCCAUUAUUGAAGCGUAUCACGAGGUUAUGACUCCAGAAAGAAUUAUCAGAUUAAACGUCGAUCCAUUAUCACCUGGAGAGUUUCUAGAAGUCUUAUUUGCAAAAGAUAUAGAACCCUUAUCGAAAGAGGAAUAUCAGCCAUACGUAGACUUCUUCUUAGCCAGUACAUCAUUGAAACAAUUAAGAGAAGACUAUGCCAGAAUAAACUACUUCAGAGAGGAUGCUUACAAGAAAAUGGCUAAGAAGAAUGCAAAGCAAAAAGGACAUGAGGAAUCGUCAUAGAAGUAAGAGAAAGAAAGAAGACAGCAAGACUAUUUAUUAGAUAUUAAUGGUUCUCCACUUAGCUUGGGUGACCGUCUUUGUCAUAACGAGUUUGUACGUGUUUCGGAAGGCACAUUAAAUUGUGGGUCCCAACUGUUAUUCAUGCAUCUUUAACAGUCUUUACAGGUAGUCAGAAGCUUGAAAGUCUGACAACCAGUCUAAACAAGGGAUAUCGUGUUGUCCCGGUAACUGGGAUGAGAAGGUUAUAAGCAGUCGCUCCUGAUAAAACACUGGUACUUAGCUGAAACCGAUUAUGCUAGAAGCCGACCCCAACCUAGUUGGGAAAAGGCUGGAUCUCACUGAAAGUAAGACUGGAUGCCACACUUUCUAGCUUCUAUCAGUAACGUGCCGUCCGAAACGCGUAGAAACUC